GAGAAUACAAAUUCCAUGUAAAAAUGGAACCGUUUCGCUUUCGAUUUGUAGGCUAUAUAAAGAAAUGACUCGGACACACUUAUAUUGUCAUCAAACCUAGGCCACGUCAGCGGUAACUCGAAGCAAUCAUGUGCACGGGCGAAAUCUACUUCGAUAUCGGCGUACCCAAUAACUGGAAGCCUCCGUCCAGAUCUGACGAGGUAUGGUCGGGCCCUGAAGACAAAGCCCUGAGGCGAUUCCACGACAAGUACGUCAAGAUAGAAAAAUCUACUUUCCAUAACAAUCAAGUAGAAGUUAGUCGCAUAUUGAAGAGUCUGUAUAAGGAGCUGAAGACACUCGAGACAUCUCAUCAGUUUCUGAGGUUCCGACCAUUUGUAAAGCAAGGAGGUUCAAGAGAAGGUUUAAAGGUCGGAAAGGCUAAUGAAUUCGAUGCAGUACUCCCUUUCACCUUCCUUGGAACAACCGCAGCCAUCAGGGAAUCGCCCAGCAACAAGCUGCCAGCAGGUUUGGGUGAAAUCGAGAUUGUCAAAGUCAAUAGACGCAUGAAUGUUCAUCCGAAAGGUCUCUUUGUGGAAAGAAGCGGUAAACGGUUUGUGGACUCCAGGGUCUUCCAUGACCAGUUGAUCAAGGGACGCGUGGAUGCAGCUAUACAAAAGUUGAACAAAAAUCCAGACUUCGCCCGCUACAACAUCAAGCGCCAAGCUACCGCCCCAGCCAUAAAACUGGACGCUACGGUGAACGGGAAUAAAAUCAGCAUAGACGUGGUACCGGGAUAUAACAUUCGACAGAAAGGGUCAACCCUCAGAAAGUUCAUGGUCUCGAGAUGGAUUCCAGACUCCCAAAAUGACAACCGAUUCGAGCCCAUCCCUAACCCAAACUUAGCUUGGCGUGUGUCUCACUCUCAGUUCGAGAUGCGGAUUCUGGACCGAUGGAUUUCCACCAAUUUGACCGCACAGCGCCUCGUGAGAGGUGCAAGAAUACUUAAAGCCGUUCGAGAGAAUGACGUUGAAAGGAUUCCUAGCUCGCAACUGCAUCACGUUCUGUCUUCUUAUCAUAUCAAGAACGCUCUUCUUCACGGAAUUUUGCAUCUGAGAAAGAUCGAUGACGUUUGUUUACCCAGUGUGACAUCGGCUUGCAAUCAUCUUGUCCAUAUACUCGACACUUCUUUGGAACACAGAAACCUUCCGCAAUUCUUCUCUGACAACCCAAGCCUAGAGGAGUUUUUUCCUAUCUACAAUUUCCACACAGAUUAUCCGCCGGUGAAUUUGUUUAAGGAGAUGUCCGAAAGUGAAACCCAACAAAUCGGAUCCGAUCUUUCCAAGUCACUUGCCUACUUCAAUAUGAAACCUCUUCUGGACAGUGUCACCGAUAUUCGCGAAGAUAAGCUUGAGCCAUUCUCGAGAAAGGUCAAGGCCAACUGACAAUCGUGCAACAAUAACGAAGGCGACAGUCUCAAUACAUAUCAUUCAGUCAAAUACGGAAUAGGAUACCUUAUAUUGUAUAUGUAACAAAUAAUGUACAUGAAGAUAGGUGUUAAAAUAACUUUUUUUUUUAAUUGUAUAUUUUAGUUUCAUUGGUAUUAGAUCUAGUUUAUUAUUAAUGCCCGAUUUACAUCUGGCGCUGCAAUACAUGCAACGUCCGUGACAUGUCAAUGUUGAAUGUAUUAAUACAUAUACUUAUGAUGUACAUAUAUACUUACUAUAACAUGUAUCUUGUUAUUCAUAUUGAAUAAAAAAAAAUAACAUCAAGUGCCACAUUGUUUCUAGCCCGUGUUAUGUAUAGACAUAUGUAUAUGGUGUGAGGAGAUACAGUCAAAGGGAGAUAAUUCAACUCCAUUUGUACAUGCGUUAUUCCCCUUGUUAAUCCUCUUUUGUAAGAAAAGAACACCUUUUUGGAGAGAGAAGAAGAAUAAAACGGGAGACAUUCAUGAGAA